AUGGCUCUCAUCAAGCUAUUCCUCGCCACUUUGGCGAUCACUUCGGUAUGUGGAAUGUACUCGAAGAAGGACGACGUCGUCGAGCUGACUGAGGCUAACUUCCAAUCAAAAGUAUUGAACUCUGAUGACAUCUGGAUUGUGGAAUUCUAUGCUCCAUGGUGCGGACACUGCAAGAACCUCGUCCCAGAAUACAAGAAGGCCGCCUCUGCGUUGAAGGGAAUUGCUAAGGUUGGAGCCGUCGACAUGACUCAACAUCAAUCCGUCGGACAACCCUACAACGUUCAAGGAUUCCCAACCCUCAAGAUUUUCGGAGCCGACAAGAAGAAGCCAACCGAUUUCAAUGGACAAAGAACUGCCCAAGCGAUUGCCGACUCUCUCCUCGCCGAGGUUAAGAAGACUGUCUCUGCUCGUCUCGGAGGAAAGUCAUCUGGAGGAAGCAGUGGAUCCGGAUCAGGAUCUGGAAAGCGCGGAGGAGGUGGAUCCGGAAACGACGUCGUUGAGCUCACUGAUGCCAACUUCGAGGAGCUCGUUCUCAACAGCAAAGACAUCUGGCUCGUUGAAUUCUUUGCUCCAUGGUGCGGACACUGCAAGAGUCUUGAGCCACAAUGGAAGGCUGCUGCAUCCGAGCUCAAGGGCAAAGUUCGUCUUGGAGCCCUCGACGCCACGGUUCACACUGUUGUCGCCAAUAAGUUCGCCAUCCGUGGAUUCCCAACCAUCAAGUACUUCGCUCCAGGAUCUGAUGUCUCAGACGCUCAAGAUUAUGAUGGAGGACGUCAAUCUUCUGAUAUCGUCGCCUGGGCUUCUGCUCGUGCUCAAGAGAACAUGCCAGCUCCAGAGAUUCUUGAAGGAAUCAACCAACAAGUUGUAGAGGACGCUUGCAAAGAGAAGCAACUCUGUAUCUUCGCUUUCUUGCCACACAUCCUCGACUGCCAAGCCAAAUGCAGAAACGACUACUUGGCCCUUCUCAAAGAACAAUCCGAGAAAUUCAAGAAGAACCUUUGGGGAUGGAUCUGGGUUGAGGGAGCAUCUCAGCCAGCUCUCGAGGAAUCUUUCGAAGUCGGAGGUUUCGGAUACCCAGCCAUGACUGCUUUGAACUUCCGCAAGAACAAGUACGCCGUUCUCAAGGGAUCCUUUGGAAAAGACGGAAUCCACGAGUUCCUCCGUGAUCUCUCCUACGGAAAGGGACGUACUUCCUCACUCAGAGGAGAUGGAUUCCCAAAGAUUCAGAAGACCGAGAAAUGGGACGGAAAGGACGGAGCCCUCCCAGCCGAAGAUGACAUUGACUUGUCUGACGUCGACCUUGAUAAGACUGAGCUUUAA